UUUUGGGUUACAAACAGGUUGCAAUGGAUUUACGUAAAUUGUGUCGGAUUUGCUUUGUGGACAGCGCCGCGGUGGACAUCAGAGAGCACCGUAGCAAUGGUAGUUCGGAUCACACGGUUCUCGAGCUGAUUCAAGCCAUGUUCGACGGGAAUAUAUUUCUUAAUCUGACUGAGGAGCUUCCCAUGAUCUGUAAUAACUGCCUGAAGGAGUGCCAGCAACACUAUGCAUUUUUCCGAAAGCUUGAAUUCGCCAACCAACAGCUCCUUCAGUUGUACAAUGAGGCGCAGUUGGAAACAUGUCAACAAGUGGAGAUUUGGGAAGAGGAGCAGCACGAAACGCAAAUAGGAGAGGACCUCGGGAGCUGGGAUGAGAUUCAACCGGAAGAUAUUAUUGUUGUAGAGCCCGAGCCCCCAAAAGAUUCAGAAGAAACGGAAAGAAUCUCUGACACUGUGCCAAAACCCUCACAGAAGUUAGCCAACCAAGAUUCGUUGAUUGUGUCCGAAUUUCUUCCUGCAACCACAGCUCAACCGCGUCUGGAUCUCUCCGAUUCCCGUCUACAGCAGCUUGAGCCGCCCGCAUACGAAAUGCGCACAGUGGACUAUGCAGCUGUUGAACUCAAGCACUACAACCUUGACGAAUACAACGAGACCAAUCUACUGAUGGACGUGGAACCCAGUGGCAGCCAGGCCAUCUACAAGUGCCAGUACUGCCCACUGGCCUACGCUUCACCCCAGUAUUUAAAAACCCAUGUGCGCAACUCCCACGUCUGCAAGUAUUGCACCACGGCUUUUGCCAAGGUGCGCGAUCUCAACGAGCAUAUUCGUCGGAAGCAUUCGCAUCACCAGUGCGUCGUCUGUUCUAACAGCUUUAGCACCAGCAGCAACCUGAGGGCUCAUUUAAAGAAAAUCCACGGAGUGCAGUUACCUGCUCAGGUGGCUCUAUUAGAUUACAGACCAGCCACCGCGGAUAAAGACACUUCCAGCACUUAAUAAAGUAGAUUUAUGGUUUAAUAUUUACACAAGCUCUUGUUUCGUUUACUUUCUACAGAAAAUCAAUAG